AUGGAAGAAACUGGGUAUAUCGACUAUGUGCUUUUCAUCGAUUCCGACAUAGGAGUUGUAAAUCCAAAGAGGCUGAUCGAGGACUUCAUUGAUCCGCAAGCGGAUAUAAUAUUCUACUACCGUUUCUUCAACUGGGAAGUCAUGGCUGGCUCCUAUCUAGUAAGAAACAUAGACUGGACAAGGAAAUUCCUCACAGGUGAGAUUUGGGAGACUUUGGGAAUUUUCGUGUUUUCAUUCGCUUCGCUAUUCCAUUCAUUCAGUGUCCACUAG